UCUCCUAAGCACAUGCGAUUUUCUAAAUGUUUUCGGUGAAGUUCCACCUUUUUUAAAAAUUGAGAAUACAAGACUAAAAUUAAGUGUAGUUAAAAAAGUAAUAAUUGGUAGUGUUUUGUUUGAAGAAAAUUUCAACCGGAUUUGUUAUCAAAAUUAAAUAAUUGGCAAGUGAGGUUAUCUGGAGGAGAAAUUUCGAUUUCGUACAGUCGGCGGCCUCUGACGUACGAUUUGAUAAGUAUUUACAGAAACCUGCGUGGAGGAAAUGGUAUAAUCACUAAUUUUUUGAAUAAUGAAUUAUUGGUAUUUAAUUUUAGUCAUGUGUUCAUGAAAUUACAAUCAACAAUUUUAAAUCCGGAGAAACUGUUUAUUAUUCCGUUGUAAUAAUCAAAGGAAUAAUAAAAAGCAGUCCUGAAAUCAAGUGCCAAAAGCCACAAAUUGAAAUAAAAAUUAAUUUUUCAGAAUUUCUUUACAAAGUAACUGAUAGUAAAUUUAAAGUUUUAGUAGAAUUAAACCAUGGCAAAAAUACCAUUAUGAUGAAUUAUUGUUCUUCAAGUGUUACUUUAAAUUUGAAUUACAUUCAGAGCGAAAGGGACUUUGCGGUACUUCCCCUAUACAUAAUUUGUAAUCAACACGAUGGAACAUUUCAAGCACCGAAAACUGAACCUAAUGACAGCGUUAGUGCUUGUAAAAGAAUUAAUUUAGGCGUUAAACUAUUACAAAGUGUUAUUGCUGAAAAACUGUAUGAAGAGAAUUUCGGUAGAAAAACUUUUAAAUUACUUGACUGUAAAAUUUUUCAUAGUCAGCUGAAUUUUCGUGAUGCUUGGGAAAUGACACAAGAAGAGUUAUGGACUUAUUUGGGGCGUGAGAUUGUCAAUUCUGACUUGGGACAUGAGAAAAUUAAGUUUUUGGGAUUCCUCUCCUGCACGAGGUAUUGUGGCGAAAAAUACCGUGAGAAUUUCAGCCACGAUGAAAUUGUCAAGAUUACGCAAGCUUACGUUGCUUUGGGGGGAGGAGGUUUGGCCCUUUUCGGCUCGGCUUGUCUCUACACAUGGCCUGAAGACAUCUCUCACGUUAUCGAAAAGUUUGAAUGUGAAAUACCAGUCGAUCGAGCAAAAUUCAUGGAUGACAGUUGCUACAGAGGUACUUUAGGAGCGUGCUUUUCGACAACUUUAGGUUCAGUUUUGCACGAAUUGUGCCACACUUUUGACUUGGGACAUACGGAAAAGGGCAUAAUGGGACGAGGAUUUGACGAUAUUCAUAAAGUUUUUGUUUGUAAUAAGAGCAAAAAUCGGAAACAACACUUAAAUUCGAUWGAAUUUGGAGAAAGAAUUGGUUGUGSAGACACCAAAACGACGAAACUUUUGAUGAAAGAGGAUGAAGAAGAUGGCACGUUUUGGACGAGAAGUUGUUUGGUGCUUUUAGCUUAUCACAAGUGGUUAAAUGAUUACCCAAACCAAARAAAUAACUUAAAAUUUGACCCAGUGACAAAAAUUCUAAACUCAACUAAAGGUCUUAGAGUAAUCGAAUUACGAAAUGAAGCAAACGGAUUGGUUUUAUUAAAUUGGGUGUUUGAUGGACGAAUCCUCAAAUAUUUUUUCCAAAUUCCCGAAGAGCAGUUAAAAACACUGACUGAAAAUUCUGUGAUUAUGUUUGUCGAAGAUAAUAUCGGAAAUAUCUUAAAAUGUGAAAUAAAAAUUUUCAAAUAAUGCAGUGUGUAUCAUUAUUCCUUGUACUUGAUUACAUAACGCCUAUUAGCGUCUUCGAUGAUGUUUGUUGUUUUAAAUAGAACAGAUUUAUAAUUGGACACCCAUCUCAAACAUUGUCAGUUAGGA